UGAACAUACGCAGGUUAAUAAAAUCAACUUCGAAUAGUUUUGGACACAAUUCAUCCCUUAUAUAUGUAUAUAUAUAAAUAUUUUACCAUUCCCUCCCUCCCUAAGUUUCUGACACGUUUCACCACCACUGCUUCAUAGAAUAAUUCAACAUUGAACUAGUUAGUAAUUGCUGGGAUUUUUAUGGUGAUUUUCGUUAAGCGUAACAACUAUUCACUUUACUACUUGAUAUUUUCAUUAAAAUUAAUCUUAUUUUUAUUUGAAAGGAUGAAUAACACUAAUCAACUAGACAAUUCACUAAAUGAACUAACAACUAAUUUUGAACAGAUAUCACCUAUUCCAAGAACUUUAUUACCAAUUGAUGGAAGAAACGAAUGUAAUCCAAUCAAAAUGUGUAAUGAAUAUCAUGAUCAGAAAAAAUUUGUUACUCCAUCUGAAUUUAUACAUAAUAACACUUAUUAUCUUACAAAUAAUCAAAAGAACAAAAUCAAUAACAAUAAUAAUAUCACUGAUAAUACUACUCAUAACAAUUUAGUAGUUAAACAAUCAUUAUUAUUUAAACAAAAUGAAAAUACAAAGAAAACAAAUCAUUUUGUUAAUUAUUUAUUAGAAAAUAAUGAAUUAAAUCAAAAUAAUAAUAUGAAUGAAAAUAAAAAUGAUAAUAAAAAUUUGUUAUUAUUUGAUAUUAUGAAUACAUCAUCAUUGAAUUCACCUUCAUCUUCUAUUUCAUCAAAAUCUGAUUUAGACAAUCGUAAUAAUAAUACUAACUCAAAUGAUUAUUUAACAAGAAAAAAUUUUCAACAAAAUAUUUCUCUUAAAAUAAAAUCUAUUCAAGUGUUUUCUCUUUUUAUUUCAGGGUCUAAGAAAGAUCGAAAUACUGAGGGUAGAUGUCCAAUAAGAGAUUGUGAUGGAACUGGACAUGCUACUGGAUUAUAUUCAUACCACAGAAGUGUUUCUGGUUGUCCACGAAAAGAUAGAGCCAGUGUAGCAGAACUGGCUCUCUACCACCAAACUUUACAUUGUCCAACUCCAGGAUGUACCGGUAGAGGACAUGUUAAUAAUAAUCGUUCAUCUCAUAGAAGUUUUUCUGGUUGUCCUCUUGCAAGUCGAAAUCGAAGCAGACAAUCAAAGAGGCCAUUAUCUCCACAAAAAAUUGAAGCACGGCAUAAAUCAAAUCAUUUUGGAGUGAAUCAUGAAAGUAAUGCAUCGUUUUCUAAAAAAAUUUACCAUUCAAGUAGUGUAAACAGUAAACUUAAUCCAUGUAAUUCAUCACUUUCAACGUUAUCCACAUCAUCGUUACCAUUGUCUGAUUUUAUUAAACAAUCACAAUCAUUUCAAGGAAUUCCUCCAACAGAUUUACUUGCGAACUUUCCUCUUAAAAAUAUGAUUCAUACUGAAUCAAUAAAUUCAAACUAUUUGGUCAAUGAGUUCUCGGAUUCUUUUUCUAAAUCGCUUUAUAACUUGCUACCUAACCUCAUAAAUACACCACAGUUUUCAACUUUAUUCAACUGUCCAACCACAAUUGCCAAUAAUGACAGUAAUAUGGCUAACUUAUAUCAUAAUUCACAAACUCUCUAUCCCAUGCUUAAUUCAUCUACAUUAAUUAAUAACAAUAAUAAUGAUUCAAAUAUGAAAGAGUCCUCUCCACUGACAAAUAUUAUAGAAAAGUCAACUUCUUUAAAACCUGAAGAUAUGAAUUUCCCAAAAUGUUUGAAUAAUGCUUCAUAUAAUUUAAAUUUACCACGAUGUGGUAUACUUCAGGAUUCUUUCAUGUAUCAUAAUCAAUACAGGGGUAAACACUUAAUACCAUCAAAAUUAGUUGAUACUGAUCAAAAUAUUAUUAAUAAUGUAACAUCUGAGAAAUCAAAUGUAUUAUCACAAAUUAAUUAUGAAUUAGAAAAUGUCUCAGUAAAUGACAAUAGUUUCCUAAUAAAUCAAUGUUCACCAUCAUCAAUGAUUGAUUCAUACACAGAUUUGAACAAAAAUUAUUCAUCAUCUAAUUCCAUGUGUAUUGAAAAUAAAUCAGAAUGUCCAAUUGAUUUGUCCGUACAUUCAAAGAAUCAAUUAGAAGAUAAAGAUAAAAUUCUCAAUACUUGUGAUAGUGUGCCAACGAACAAAGUAAUUGGUCGAUCAUUUGAAAUCGGUAAUCUAUGCCCAGAAUUACAUGAAUAUAAAAAAGAAGUAAAAAAUUUGUCUUCAACUAUGAAAAUAAUGAAUUCAAACAACACUAAUAUCUUAGCCACUUCUCAUCCCACUACUAUUAACAGUUUUGCAGAUAUGCAUAAUUCAAAAAAUUUAAUGAGUAUAUCAUUAUCUCUAAACUCCAAUAGUUUUCUAGAUGAAACUGUCUCAUCAGUUGACGUCUAUUCAAAUAAGAAACAUAUUUAUGCAAACAAAAAGCAUUCUACUAACAUGGGAUGUAUAAAUCUAUUACAAGGAAGGUCAGAUUUCGAAGCAGCAAACGUUCUUUUUGCAUUCAACUAGGAAUUUAUGAGAGAUAUGCACGAAACCAAAAGAUUUUCAGUUCCAAUAAUAACUAAAUGAAGUCGUAUAUACUCAUCCUGCAUUUAAUGAAUGCCUGCUGUAAUCUGAUCCUUCGUUACUUCAACUGACAACUCAAUUUGGGACUAGUCCUAUUCGCUUAAAUAAAUUAUUUUCGUCUACAAUUUAUACUACUAACAACGUUUAUCAACAGUAAAGUACUGAAAUGAAAAUUCUGAAGAUAGUAUUCUUAGUUUCAAAUUAAUUUGGAAUAUCUGUGUUAGAAUAGUUUCGUUAUUUUUAAUUAUUGUGUUGUACAGUCAUUUAACUAUUUAACUUAUUUAUUAAAUUUUUAAAGGUAUAAAUAUUUUUGAUCUUCACUUUCUGUGUUACUUCCUUGGUGGAAACUAUAAAAUGACAGAAAUAUUUUAAAUUGGAUUGAAUAAAACUUAAACAGUCGAUUUGAUCACGAUGACACUUUUGUGAAUUUAUAUUUAAUUAUAU